AUGCUUGGUGAAUCCGCCACUUUGGUAACUCCGAUAAUAAUUGGCGGUUUCAACGUCUUGUAUCCUAUUCAUAAUGAGAGUCCCUCUGGCAAUGUUCUUAUACGGCUGCCCUGCCCAGACCAAGCUGUGUUUCCGAUAGAAAAGACUCUUGCAGAAGCCGCGACAGUCGCGUACAUUAGCCAGCAUACUCAACUGCCCGUACCUAAACUCGUUGAACAUGGUACCGAUUCCGACAUUGGGUCUUUCAUGAUUAUUGAGGACCUCGUAACCCGGCGAGGAAUGGGCCAAGCCCUGGAAGCUCCCCGUGAGGAUCUUAAUGAUACAGCCGUCUUGCGAUCUGAUAUCUCCCAAGAAAAGCUCAAGAGCUUAUACGUCGAGAUGGCGCGGUGUGUGCUGCAGUUGGGUACUGGGGCGGCCCGUUACCCUUAUAUGAACAACAUGGUCCAACUCUCAAACAUCCUCAAGUCGAUAUUUCCUUCUAAAAGUGUGACCUAUGAGACCGCUGAUGAGUGGUAUACGGUAUUGGCCGACACGCAGAUAGCCACUCUCAUCUUCCAGCACAACGACAUGGUAUCGUCAGAAAAUGAUUGUAGAACCAAAUACGUCGCUCGACAGCUGUUUCGCAGAUUGGUCAAACAAGGCAGAUUGUCCAAUUUUGGGUUCGCCGAAGAUAAUUGGUCUGCCUACUCCAAGAACGCCGGAGCAAGGUUGCCGUCGCCGGAUAGUUCAGGCUCUUUUUGCCUCUGGUCAGAUGAUUUUAGACCGGCCAAUGUCCUUAUUGAUCAUAGUGACCAUGUUCUUGGGGCUAUCGACUGGGAGUUCGCCUACGUUGGGCCAACACAAUUUGUCUUAGACUCACCUUGGUGGCUGCUACUUGAUGCGCCUGAGAUGUGGGAUGCAGGCAUUGAGGAUUGGGAGAAGGUCUACGAAAUUAGGCUAGAAACCUGGAUUACAGCAAUGGAAGAGGCAGAGUCAGAGUCUGACAUGAAUUCGGGUUCUUUCCUACUUUCAGCAUACAUUCGAGAGAGUUGGACAACGGGUCGCUUUUGGCUCAACUACGCCGCCAGAAGGAGUUGGGCGUUUGACACAAUCUACUGGAAGUACCUGGAUGAGACGUUUUUCAGCGAACGGGAAGAAGAUAUCCCUAGCGAAGAACUAUGGAAGAUUAGGGUCAAUCUCUUGAGUCAAGAGGAGCGAACGGCAAUGGAACCAUUGGUACAAGCCAAGAUGGCGGAGUCAAAAAAGCGUGUUCUGAUUAAAUGGGGCCCUGGAAUGGCAAAGCAACGCCUCUCCUCUUUCCUAUUUGACUGA